GUCAGCAUACUUUUUUCCCAUUCAUUUGACAGCAGGCCCCGACUUGUGAGAGCCGUAAAAUCCGGAAAACCAAAAUUAAGAAAAAAUCUAAGAUCGCGAUGCCCAAGGAAAAGUCGACCAAGGGUAAGGGUGAGAGCGAACCGCCCGUUAAGUGGCAGCGCAAGCGACGCAAGGAGUCCUACUCUGGCGGAGGACGACGAGGAGGAGGACGAGAAGGAGGAGGUGCCCCCGGGAUAAGGAACAGAUCGCCCACGCCCCCGAAUGCCUCUGAGAUUACCGAAGGGAACGGCAGCGAGACCAGCGGCUCUUACUUGAGCUACAGCUCAUCGGGAACCUCCGGAUCCUCCUGCUACACCAGCUCCAGCGGCUCCUCCAGCUCCGUCUCGAACAGCGAAGACUCUCAGGAGGAGCCGGAGGGAGCAGCCACCGCUAAGAGGGCGAAGCUCUCGUGCUGCCACCACCGGCACCACCGACACCACCGACUCCACCGGCGGCGCCAUCAUCACCACUCGCCGCCGCGCCAUCACUCCCAUCGCCCCGACCAUGGACGCUCCUCGAAGCGUCUGUCCGGACGGGUCAGUCGCCGAGGGGCCGCCCCCGCCACCAAGACGGUAGUGGUGGUCAAUGAGGAAAUGCCCACCACCUCCGGCAGCCACCCGGUGGCCAACCAGAUACCGACCCUCAUUCUGGCCGAGCUCACCACUCAGCCGCAGCCCGUGCCGGCUCCAGUUCCGGCUCCAGUUCCGGCUCCAGCUCCAGUUCCUGUUUCCGCUGCUCCGUUGGCCAGGAAGCUACGCUUGGAGCAGCAGCACCACCAGCGCAAGUCACGCAUGCGCUGCUCCAGCUCCCAGGCCCAAGCCCAAGCCCAAGCCGAAAUCCCGGCCAAGACCAUCACCAUCACCAUCACCAAUAGCCUUUCCAACGCCGGCUCCAUCUGUGCGGCGGACACUGUGGGUGCCCCGCCCAAGGCCAAGAUCAUGGCCGGAGGAGCCAGAUCCAGCGGCAUGAAGGUGGUGUCCAUUUCCAGUGCCAGUCCCAUGGUCAGCAAGUCGUCCAGCCAGGUCAGGAACCCAGUCCCCAGUGGCUCCACUGCGAAGGCUCCGGUUAAGACCAGUCAACCCAAUUCGAGUGCCAGACAUGCGGACUCCAAUGGCAAGUCACCGAUGAGAAAGGACACCUCCAACUCCUCCAACUCCAAGAUGAGGGCAUCCAACGGUGAGCGACCGCGUCGCUGUUCUUCCACGCCCCCUGGUCCGGGCUCAAGGCGUCAGGGGGAGAGUGGGCGGAACAAGGACCACACUGAGAAGCAGUGCAAGCAGAUGCGUAAUGAUGUUUAUGAAGAAGAAGGAGGAUCCGGAGGAGGUAGAUCAGGAGGAGGAUCAGGAGGAGGAUCAGGAGGAGGAUCCGGAUGGGGUGGAGGAGGAGGAGUAGGAUCCGGAGGAGGAGGAAGAUCCGGAGGAGGUGGAUCAGGAAGGGGAGGAGGAGGAGGAGAAAGAGGAGUUCCAAGAGGAGGUGGACCCUAUGACCAUCCUAACGCCGUGGGCAACCAAACGGACUAUCGCAAUGGCAAGCACGCCAACAAAAAAUUGCGCCAACCCGUCCGCAGUGUGCGCCUCCACAUCAGGGGACUGACCCGCCAGGUGAGGAAGGAGCACCUCACCGAGAUCUUCGGCCAUUUCGGAGCCCUCAAGGCCGUCGACUUUCCCAUGGACCGCUUGCCGGGACGCUUGGGGCGUGACUACGCCUUCGUGGAGUACGCCCGUCCCGAGGACUGCGCCUACGCCAUCAAGCUCAUGAAUGGCGGCCACAUCGACGGCAAGCGGGUCACGGUGUCCGCCUUCCAGGAGAGCAUGCCGAAGGCUCCGUGGCGCCACAACCGCCGCCCCUCGCCGGUCAACUAUCGCCGCCAGCGCCAGCGUCACUGCUCGCCGUCCCGCUCUCGCUCCCGCUCCAUGUCCCGCUCGCAAGCCCGCUCCCCCUUUUCCCGCGGCCGCUCGUCGCCGCGCUACGGGAAGUACCACCGCCCCGGAUGGCGUUCGCCUUAGGCAGGUCGCACUGUCGUCGCGGUGUACAUAAGGCGACAUCCAAGCAAGUCCACCAAUCGACCAGAUGUCGAUUCUCAUAAUCUUGACUAAUUUUAAUCUAAAUCUUAUUAUUUUCAAUAAAUA